AUGAACAUCUCAAGCGCAAAAUUUAUGUAUUCCUUCAUAAUCCUCAUCACUCUUCAAUCACACCACCUCUCUUCAUGUUGUCCUGUAGAUCACAAAAAUGCACUCCUACAAUUCAAGUCCUUAGUCAUCGGAAAACCCGCGAAGAGAAGUUCCUCCGAAACGCCCUACUUCUGUUUCGAUUCGUGGAAUGCGAGCGACUGCUGCAGCUGGGAGGGGGUCGUAUGUGAUUCUGAAUCACCUUCGCGGCCCGUAACCGAGCUCAGACUCUCUGCGAUAGUUCCGCUGCAAUAUUCUGCACCGGCUGCAGCUCUUUCCCCGCUUAUCGCAAUAAAGACUCUAACUUUUCUCGACAUCUCGGAGAAUUCUCUGCAGGGGGAGGUCCCGUCAGACGGCCUCGCAAAUUGGGACAACUUAACUUAUCUGGAUAUGAGCUUCAAUGAGCUCAAUGGCACCAUUCCUGCUCCAAUGUUCAGUCUCAGAAAACUUCAGCAUCUUGAUUUGAGCAGCAACUCACUGACUGGCAAUUUCAGCGGCGCGAUCGCCAAUCUCGUAAACAUAGAGGUGCUCAAUCUUGCGGGCAAUUAUUUCACUGGAAUCAUCCCGACGGAGAUCGGUACGCUGUCGAAGCUUCAAACACUUGAUUUGGGUAACAAUUCUCUCUCUUCGAUCAUCCCAUACGAAAUCGGAAACUUGUUCAACCUGUCCAUACUAUCUCUGAGGCAAAAUGAGCUCUCCGGAGAGAUACCGACAUUGAUUAACAAGAUAAAAAACCUCAAAACCCUUCUACUAGAUGGUAAUUCCCUAGUUGGAACCAUCCCUGCAACACUGUUUCAUCUCAAAGGGCUAAAGAAGCUGUUCCUCGGAGGAAACAUGCUCUUCUGGAACAACAGUGUUGAGGUAACUCCCGAAUGCUCGCUCUCGCGGCUUUCGCUAAGAGCUUGUGGCAUUACUGGAGAGAUACCCCGAUGGCUUUCGAGCCAAAAGGAGCUCGAUUUCUUGGAUUUAAGCGAGAACCAACUCACCGGAGGCAUCCCACAAUGGCUCGCGAAUUCCGUGAUUGGAAGCGUAAUUGUCUCGGAUAACAAGCUUACGGGUCCGAUCCCUCCGAGCUUGUUCGAUUCACAAAACCUUUCGGUUGUCGAUCUCUCGAGAAACUAUUUAAGUGGAGAAUUGCCCGAGAACAUCGGUGAUGCAUCCGCCAUUAUGAUCCUCCUCCUUAGUGGUAACUACUUUUCCGGACCGUUGCCCGAUUCAAUCGCAAAUAUAAGACGAUUACUAAUGAUGGACUUGUCGAACAACAAUUUCUCCGGUAACAAGUUCCCGGAAUUCAGCUCAUACACUUACUUAGCUUAUGUCGAUCUCUCCGAUAACAAUUUCAGUGGCGAGAUCCCGGUGUGCUUCGGCCCGCAGAUUAGAACACUAGCCCUAGGGGGAAACAAGUUCAUGGGCCGAAUUCCGGAGAACUUGACCUCCAUGACUUUCCUCGAACAACUUGAUCUCCACGACAAUUACAUAACUGGUGAGCUUCCGGACUCCCUAGCGAGAGUUUCGUCACUCCAAGUGUUGAAUUUGAGGAAUAAUAGGCUCGAGGGGCCAAUCCCUCGCGACUUAUCCAAUCUAAGCAUGCUCCAUAUACUCGAUCUCUCCGGAAAUAACCUCCUUAGCAAUAUUCCAAUUGAGCUAGGAAUGCUCAAUGGCAUGAUUCACGUGCCAACGACAUAUUUUGCGAUCACCGAUUUGUUCACCUUCUCGAUUGAUCCAAACGAUAUCAUUUUGACAUGGAAGGGCUCUUUGCGAAGCUUCGCAAGAAACCACCUCCAUACCAACGCCUACUUAGAUCUAUCGAACAAUCAAUUGGUCGGUGAAAUACCAACAACUUUAGGUGAUCUCCAAGGCCUAAAAUUGCUCAACCUUUCUUACAACAAACUCGAAGGCGAGAUACCGACAAGUUUUGGAAUGUUGGCAAAAAUAGAGAGCUUGGAUUUGUCACAUAACAAGCUCGACGGUAGCAUACCGCAGUCAUUGGCUAAUCUUAGCGAGCUGAGCACAUUCGAUGUGAGCAACAACAAGCUCACCGGUCGGAUACCCGUUGGUGGGCAAAUGUCGACGAUGAUCGAUCCGAACUCGUACGCUAAUAACAGUGGAUUGUGUGGGUUUCAAAUUGGGAUUCAAUGUGGCUUCUCACCACCAAAAGAGCAAGUCUCCGAGCUCGGCAGUGAAGAGGAAAAUGAGUGUCGAAUCAGCAUGAAUGAUCAUCUCACUGGCUGCGUACCUUCCCAGAUUUUCAGCCUGAGAAACCUUCAGGUCCUCAACUUGAACAGCAACUUCUUCGCGGGGAAUCUCAAUUGCAAGAUCACUGAUCUUGUUAAUUUGCAGAAGCUCAACUUGGAGGAAAACUCUUUCACCAGAAUCAUCCCAAUAGAGAUUGGUAACCUAUCUAAAUUGCAGUACCUGUCACCAAGACACAACCAAUUCAGCAGGAAGAUCCCAGAAUCCAUCUUCCGACUCAAGGAGCUUCAGGUCCCGAUCUUGGAUAGCAACAACCUUUCUUCAACCAUCUCAAAUGAGAUCGGCAACUUAUCCAACAAUCUUUCUGCUCAACAUAGGCAAUGCAGAUGGAGUUAUUUCUCUGAUAAAAAUUUCAGUUGUCAGAUCCCGGUAAACUUCGGUCCGCAGAUCAGAACCCUAUCUCUUAAGGGAAACAAGUUCACGGGCCGACUGCCUGAGAAUUUGACUUCCAUGCAGUCUUCCCUUGAAAACCUUGAUAGAGUCCCUCGCAACAAUUUCCCACCUCCAAGUCUCAAUCUGCGUAAUAUGAUUGCGCGUUGGAUGGAUCUAACUGAUACUAUUGUGAAGUGGAAGGGCUCCCUUCGAAGAUUAGAACAAAAGAACCUCGAUAUCUAUGCCUACUUAGAUUCAUCCAACAACCAAUUGUCCGGAAAAAUACCCGCAGCUUUAGAUGAUCUCCAAUAUCUGAAAUUGUUCAAUCUUUCGUAUAAUAAGCUCGAAGGAGAGAUCCCUGCAAGCUUUGGAAGGUUAAUAAAGCAGGAGAGUUUGGAUUUGUCACAUAACAGGCUCAAUGGUAGCAUACCUGAAGCAUUUGUCAAUCUCAACGAAUUGGCUACACUUGAUGUGAGUAACAACGAGCUCACGGGUCAGAUUCCCAUAGGCCGCCAGAUGUCCACGAUGGCAAACUCAAGCUCUUAUGCUAAUAACAGUGGCUUGUGCGGCUUCGAGAUCGGGGUUCCGUGCGGCUUCUCACCAGCGACAGGACAGGUUUCUGAGCCCAGUAAGGAAGAGAAAGAUAUGCGACAGUUGAUAUGGGGAGGGAUGCAGAGUGGGUAUCCAUUUGGUCUCCUUCUAGCCGUCAUUCUAUCAUACAUUGGUGGAUUUUUCCAUCGAGCUCCAGCACGACAUCGUCAGCACAACCAACGCAACCUUCGAAGAGGUGCAUGA